AGGACUGUAAUGUUGCGUCUUGCGAUUUGCAUAAAUUUUUAAUUUUUCUAAUAAAAAUAAUUCUUGAAACUUUAAGAGUUUCUCAAAUAAUGAUUUGAAAUGAAUAAAAACGAGCAAUGCGCCCCUAAGGGUAUUUUAUGAGUGCUUUAACAGUGUAACACAGUCGUAACUGUUUUGAAACUGCCUUUCAAUCGAUUUAUUAAAGAAACGUUACUUGUCUUCUAAUUAUAAAUUGAUAGAGAUAAGAUAUGAAAUAACAACAACGUGAUCAUGUCAUUGGAACGCGAAAAUAUGGGAAUGAUGCCUCCAGUAGCAACAUCUAGUUCAGUUGAUCCUCGUACUCAACUGUUACAAGAGAUGAGGGAUCAAAACUUUGAUAUGAUUAGGUUCUCAUCAUACAGAACAGCAUGCAAAUUGAGAUUUGUACAGAAGAAAUGUAACUUACAUGCUAUAGACAUUUGGAAUGUAAUAGAGGCAUUUCGGGAAAAUGCCCUCAACACCUUGGAGCCAAAUGCCUGCGUCAAUGUCACCAGACUUGAAACACUGGUUUCCUCUCUGUAUCACAACUUGAACAAGAGAUUACCACCGGCAAACCAGGUUUCAGUUGAAUCAUGUUCGGCGCUGCUGUUAAAUUGGCUUCUAUCAGCUUACAGUACUGGAGAAAACGUUGGCAAGAUUCGAGUAUUUUCAAUCAAAGUAGCGCUGGCUACUAUGUGUGCUGGAAAACUAAUGGACAAACUGAGAUAUAUAUUUUCCCAACUGUCUGAUGGCAAUGGACACUUGCUUAUGAAGAGACUGUCGGAUUAUCUCAGGGAAGUAUUAUCACUGCCCGCCGCUGUGUACGAGUCACCUUCGUUUAGUUACAACGAUUCGCUGGCACUGUCGAUAUUCAAUCAGAACAACAAAGUCACUGUGAAUGACUUCCUGGAUACGCUGAUGUCGGAUCCUGGACCCCCGUGUCUCGUCUGGCUGCCCUUACUUCACCGGCUAGCCAGCGUCGAGAAUGUGGUCCACCCGCUGGCUUGCAGCGUGUGCCGGCGCGGGUCUCUGAGCGGGUUCCGGUACCGCUGUACGCGUUGCGCCGCGUAUACGCUGUGCCAGGACUGCUUCUGGCGCGGUCACGUGACGCCGCCGCACAAUAACGAACACGAGGUCAAGGAGUACGCCACCUACAAAUCACCAUCGAAGCAAAUAGGAGCUACGUUGCGCAAGUCUUUUCGCUGCGUGCCCGAGCGAGCUCGUGCCACUCUACCACGGUACCCUGACCAGCCUGAACGGACUCUCGACCUCAGCCAUAUUGUGCCACCAUCUCCCGUACCGACACACAACGGUUUCCCCGAGUACGUGGCCAGCUACGUGAACACGGGGUCGCUUGAUAGUCGCUCCUCGAGGUCCACACAUAGAAGUAUAGCGGAUCAUAUAUCACGCGGUGUGGACGACGAGCAUAGACUGAUAGCGCGCUAUGCGGCGAGACUAGCGCACGAAACACGCACUAUGCCACGCGCAGGCAGAUCAGCUUCCCUCACACCUGAAUUGGGUCGUUCUUCAUCCGAAGGUUCAGAAGUGGACGCGGCGCGACAGCAGCGCGAACUGAUAUCUCAAUUGGAAGCCAAGAACAGAGAGAUCAUGAGAGAGAUAGCUAGACUCAGACGUCAGCAGGAAGCCGAGGCUGGUAGUGGCACCGCUCCCCCGCUAGUCUCCGAGCUAAGGGCGCUCAGGCAGAGAAAGGAUGAACUGGAGGGCCACCUAUCUUCGCUGCAGGAGUCCAGGAAGCAACUCAUGCAUCAGCUGGAGGGGCUGAUGAGGAUGCUUAAGACUCAACAAUCUUCGCCCCGGUCGACACCAAACUCGUCUCCACGCUCCACCAAGAGUCCGCCGCUCCCCGGGGCGCACGUGCAACCUUCCGCGCCAGAAAGAGAGUCCCACGGCCGUGGCGCCGUCCGAAGUGCGCCUCAAACGCCGUCACUUGGAGAUAGAGAACGCGUGGAUAUGACACACAGCUUAGGUGGAAUGGAGAGCAUGGGCGGUGAGAGCAGGGGUUAUCAUCAAAACCAAAGACCGACUACAAUGGGCAUAGAGAACAGAACUCUACGGAGCGAUCUAUUGUACGCAGCCGAUUCGGUCACUAACGCUAUGUCCACACUUGUCCGCGAACUAAACUCGGAAGGUUCCGAUGCGGAGGAGACAGUUAAAGGUGGAUUUGAUGCAAGAAAACAAAGAGAUUUCGAGGAAGAUGACGACAGCGACGAGCCGAUGCCUCGCCCGCAUCUGCCGCGUCACUACAUACACGACAACACUGUACAGACUCCAAGUGUUAUUUCACGAUCGUAGUGUAGCAAGUGUGCAUUUUGUGUUGGCAGGAUACACCUCCUCCGCUACCCGCGCGCACCGGCCACUAUUUCCCCCGUACGUAGCCCCACACAAGUACCCCGUACUUACUUAUAUGUACGUGUUACACCACGCCACUGUAUGUACGAUCGUGUCGUGUGUUAGAGAGUAUAUUCAUAAGUCUGGUCUGUUAAGAGUGUUCAUGAAGUUUACCUAUAUAUCUCAGAUGUGUCCAACUGU